GGUCACAACAUAUCCAUGCAGAGUAUCGAUAACUGCUUCGAUGCCUGCAUCGAUAGUUUGUCCAAUAAGCGGCUCAAGCGCAGCCAACUUAGUAAGGCUUCCAUUUUGCCUGUUUACAAAUUGGGAAAUUUGCGGAUUUAUAGGGUAGAGUUUCAAUAUCCUUGCGAUUUGGCCAUGACACCGAAGCCGCAAAAGUGUCCUACGGACAAUAACAGCAACAGCGAUUCAGAUAGUUUGUACUAUGGGGUGCAGGAGAGCUUUCCAUUUGCGCGGCACACUCGACCGCUGCUGGUGGCCAAUUGCUCAGAGUACGCGGUGGCCCACUCGAAUGUGCGCCUAAAGCCGGCGCGCCACCUGAACGAAGUGUCCUUUCUGCCACACAUCCUGAUUGCCAUGCGCCGCCUGAGAUUUACGCAGCUGCUCCGACUGCAAAGCUACGCCUGGCCCCACCUCGGCCAGGGUGAGGGCCAUGGCGCUGUUAUUGUGAGUGCACCGCGCAGUGGACGCACUCUGAGCUACGUGCCGCCGUUGUGCCAGGUGGUGUGCACCACCUUGACGGAACAGCGCCGUCGCAUGCAGCGCUGCUGGCAGCUGCAGGGCCCCAUUGCCUUGGUGCUAGUCGCAGAUUUGGAUCGCGUGCAGCAAACUGGCAGCCUGUGCAAUGCAAUGCUGCGCAAGGCCAAGAACGAGGAGUGGCUGACGUUGGUGCUGACGGUGCCCUCGGCCCGCACACCGGAGCUCUUUCAGCGCCUGCUUAACGGCGUCGGCUGCCUGGUGGCCACGCCGGCGCAGUUCUUAUGGCUAUGCGGGAAUGGCGUCAAGUUGCCUUCUUUGCGCUUUGUGGCCUACGACGAUGUGGACUUGAUGCCGGCGGAUCAGCUGCAAGAGGCGCAUCAACAGCUGCUGCUGCUGACCAAGCAGCAACGUCCCCAGCUGGUCAUCAACACGCAGUCGUAUGAGCCGAAGCUGCUGCACAUGCUGCGCGAGUUUAAUUCGCAGCCCAUGGUCCUGUUUGGCGAUGUGCUGGAGGCGGCUGUCUAUGGGGGCACACGGAUGCGCAUCUCACUGUUGCGACGGGCCGCCAAGUCGGAGGAGCUGUUGCGUGUGCUGCAUGAGCGUCCGCCGCAUUUGCGUCGCACUGUCAUCAAUUGUCACACGGAUGCGGACAUAUGCGAGCUGGUGCAGACACUGAAAGCGCAUGGCUAUGGUUGUUUACCCUAUUACCAGACGGCUGACUUGGCUGUGCGCGAACAGGUGCAUCGCUGGAUGCAGGACAGUCGCGGCGAGCUGUUGCUCUGCACCGAUCACUGCCCGGAGCUGGAUAUACGACAUGCGCACACGCUACUGCACUACAGCAUGAGCGCUAACUGGAGCCUGUUCAAGCUGCGACAUCUGGCGCUGGCGGACAAUUUGCGCAAUAGAUUGGCACUCACACAGCCGGGCGAGCAGUCGGAGCCAGAUACGCUACUCUCGCUGGUGCUGCUCGACGAGAGCAACCACAAACAACUGCCGCGUCUGGUGGAUUUUCUGCAAAUGCAUCAGCAUGUGGACGAGCGCAUCGUGCAGCUUGCGCGGCACAUACGCGCGCAGCUGGAGCGCGCCAAGUGCAAUGAGCCGGCAUUGUGUGAUCUACUUCUCAGCCUGGGCGGCUGUGUGGGCGCCCAGUGCGAGCAGCGUCAUCAGCUGCUGCCACAGGAUCGCCAGCUGGCGGUACCGCUGCCCGCCGGCGGCGAUGUCAAGCUACAGCUGAUACGCGUCUAUACGCCGGCGCAUUACUGUGUGCGUUUGUUGGAGCAUUUGCCGCUUGGCGGCAGCUGGCAAAGGGUGCCGCGUGACGCAACGCUGGAUCUGCAGCUGCAGCUGCUGCAAUCGCAGCAGUGUGUGCGUCACUGGCCGCCUCAGGCCAAAGAAAUCUGCAUUUACCGCAAUGCCAAUGGUUAUGAGCGUGUGCGCAUACUUCGCGUGGCGCACAUUGCUCAGGUGAAUCUCUCGCGUACCGAUGUGGAUGUCGAAGUGCAGGCACUCGACGUGGACACGCGUCGGUUUAAGACCACCAGCGGCCAACUAUACAUAUGCCCGGAGCAGCUGCGUGAGGCGACGCCGCUAGCCAUGGAUCUGCGCAUUCUGGGCCUGGUGCCGCACACAGGCGAACGCAGCUGGCACGAACAGGAUGGCCAGCAAUGUGCGGCGUGGUUAAAUGCUGUGCCGCAGCCCAAUUUCUUGCAGGCACGCAUUGUGCUGGCGCUAUCGCACACGCUCUUCGUUCAGGAUUUAGCCUUGACGAGCUAUGCGCCCAGUCUGAAGAUGCAUGUGCGUCGCCUGACCAUGUGCCAGCAGCUGUUGCGCAAGCAAUUGGCCAAGAAAUGCGAACAGGUUGUGGCAAAACAAUUGCAAUUCUUGGAGCAGAAUAGCAACCAGGCCAUGCUAGAGCCUCAAGUGGCUCAGCCACGGGAAAUGCCAAAGCUACUGACAGCCACGCCGCUCGCCAGCAGAUGCGGCAUCUUUGCCAAAAUGGCCAUGCAGCUGGGCAAGGAUAAUAGAAUGCGUUUGGAGCUUGAGAAAAAUCAACAAGAGGCGCAGCAGCAAUGUACGGAAAGAAAACCGACCGAACAGGAACUGCAGCAGCCGGCUGAAAGCAUAGAAGCUUUAUACAAAUGCCUAAUAAACUGCACGCUAAUGGAGUUGAAAGACAAGUGCUCACAGGAGCAGCUGCUGGCAGCUGACCCAAAGCACAAGCCCGAAGCUUUGCACAGUAACAUCAUGGAUCCGCAGUCGAAGCUGCCGCCAACUGCGCCAGUGACUGUGCGGCGCAGGAACAAACGAAAAUCGGUUGCGGUCAGCGAUAAAGUUCAUGAUAUGCAGCUACACAUUUCGGCGCGUGUCCUGCGCCCUGAGGUGCUGUACUAUCAAACGCGUUUCACGCUGGAACUGCAGAUUGUGCUGCCCGAAGAUAACUUGCCCUAUGAGGCACUGUUGCACAAUGGCUGUUGCAUUGCCUUCUGGACACUUAGCACAAGCGCCACGCCCAUUUAUCAGUUUAUAUUGAACACACACUGCGCCUACCAGCAGCUCAGGCAUCACAGGCAGGGUCGCACCGUCUAUGUGAGCCUGCUCAAGUCUCUGGCUGUCACAUAUCCACUCGACUUUGGUUUCUACAAAUUCAUGAAACCACAUCAUGAGAAGCUGCAUCUUCUGGAAAAGGAGCGUCGUGCGCGAAUUGCCAACUUUGAAGCGUAUUUGCUGCAUAAAGGUUAUAUCCCGGGCAGAGUUGCAAAGCGUGCGAACAGCUCGGACGAGCUGAGCAGCGACGAGCAGGCGGAUGAGAUGUCAUUCGACCCACGCGUGGAGCGUGUGGAGCGCGCUCGAGAUGACGCUGAAUUCAAUUGCGAUUAGGUACGUGGCCAUGAAAUGCAUUUUACUUUACCUUUUCGCUUGGGGGUAGUUUGAUUAGUUCGUUCUAGUUAGCGCCAAUAGAGCAUUAUAAAAAGUCUUCCGCAGCUCUACCGAGCUUAUAUUUGAAUUUUCUUUUUAAUUACCAUCGACACUUUGAACCGUAAAGCUUCGCGAUCGGAGCAGAUUUUUUAAGCAAAACUUAAGCUUAUGAAUUUUUGCAAGAAGUAAUCGUUCGAUUCUAAAGCUGAAUCGGAACACAACAUUUAAAUUUUAAAAUAUAACUUUUCGUUUUUCUAACAUUACGAAAAUGAAAUAUAAAUUAUACUUAAAUCGAUAUAUAAAAAAAAAAACAAGUAUAGUCUAAAAUAACUCGUGAAAUUGGAAGUUGAAACAAAAAAGUGAAACGAACAUUGAACCGUUAUUGAAAAAGUUACUAGUUCGAAUUCUGAGUUUUUAGAACAACAAUUACUUGAGAAUAUGAAAACAAUUAUUUUAUUUCAACAAAUAUUUUAAGCAUUAUUAAAUUAUAUGUGCCUGGCAUGCAAUUAUCUUAGUUUGAUUUUAGCUCACAGAAAUUCAUCUUUUUACACUAUCUUUUUAACUAUCUAACCAGAGCUGAAGUUUCUUCUAAGAAAAGUUAUGUAGCACACACUUUGAGAUUCUUUACGCCAUCGAAUGACAAUAGUUAUUAUUUCUAUCAGUUGGCUGUCAUUGUCAGCUGCUUAGUUUUAUCGUGUGCAAUGUGCAUUUGGCUGACAGAACAGGUGAAUGGAGAACAGAAAUGUGUCUGUCAUUUGGGAAAAGUGUGUGCUAGUCAUGUGACAGCGUAAUGUAAUGUACGGUCGGGCGGACAUCAGACAGGAAUUCUAUGUGUGCAAAAAGUAUGAACCAUGGCAAUAAAUGCCAUAUAGGGGCACAAAUUGUGUACGUGUGUGUGUAAAAACAAUUUACUUAAAACAUGAUUGAUGAUAACGCAAAACAAAAGAUUAUUUUAAGGAAUUUCAUUAACUGGGCAUUUCAAAAGCCUUAACAAGCCUUUUGUUUAAUUGACAAGAUAUUAUAAUUAAAGCAUUGAAUUAACUUUUAAAUAGAAUUAAUUGCUUUAAAAUGCGGUUCGACUAAGUUAAAGAUCUGCAGAGCCUUAAUAAAAACAAGAAGACGGUUA